AUGUCACUUGUCAAUUCUCAUGCUCUAACUUAUCCACUACUCUCUGAUAACCUUUCAUCAUUACCAUCACAUCCCUCCCGAUCCCUGAGCACAUCUCAUCUUUUAAAUUUACCUGUUCGAGUACUUUCUCUCCAAGAAUUACAACCUUCACAUGUCAUUGUGGGGGCUUUUAAUUAUUAUUCAUUGUUUGUGUGGAAAAAAUUAAAAAUUGAAACAUUUCCUCAAUUAAUGGAACAAGUCACAACCAAUUCAAAUUGGACCAAUCUAUAUUUCACCACUAAUUAUGGAGGCAUCAACAACAAUUCAACAAGUACUAACUCGUCGUUGAGUUCUUUCAAUAAUUAUUACUUUCCACAUGUCAAUACUCCUCGGCCUUUCCAGAUCAUUUGUCCUAAAAAUUAUCCGUGUCAAAAUUUAUGGCAAUUGAUGACAUUUUCCAAUACAGACUCUACCAACAAUUUUAAAGUGGUCGAUAAUAUGAAUUCCAAAUUUUCUUUCGAUUAUCGAUGCAAUUUAUUUUCAGAUUGUCGAUACGGAUCUCUUUUAGAAUAUGGAGAUGCAUUCUUAAUGACACCUUUUGAUUUCUCCAUGAUUGUAAGAGUGAAUUUACAAGUGACACAAAAAGGACUCUUUUCACAACGAAUGAGACCAUUGCAAGUGCCAUUUGAAUUGUACAAUCCAUUGCAAAUGACAAAUUCAACCAUUUCUUCAACCUAUAAUCCAAGUGAUUUUGUGGCCAUUCCAGUGAUUCCAUCGCGAUUUAUUGUACUGGAUGAAAUGAACAGUGAAAUGACAAGUGACAGCAGUCGUACCAAACCAUGUGAAUCAACUUACAGCACCGAAAACCCAUUCAUCACUUCUUCAUGUACCUAUUUACAAUUAGCUUUGAAACACACAAGUGUGAGAUUCAUGACUUCAUGUUCUGAAAGUGCUUUACAUGACGUUUGGGAUGGACUUCACGGAUUGUUAAAUUUUUCACAACACGAUAUUGAGCUCGUUCAGAAAUUGUUAAAUUUCCAACUUCAAGUGAAUUAUUCACUAAUGAAUGCAUUACCACAUGAAUUGAGUAGAAUCGACUCGAAUCGAGUGCGUGCUCUUUGGACUCUUUCAAAUGUUGCUGUUUCGAAUUAUUUGUGGAAUUCCACUUGUCAUUAUUGUUCUUCGAGAUUGUGCGUGUCAGAAAAUAUUGAACGGACGGAUUACUUUAUCAUUGUAUAUGCAAUCUUUAUGGGUGUAUAUUAUUUGCUAUUUUUUGGAUUUCGAAUGUAUCGGUUACCCUCCAUGAAGAGAAGAUUAUUGCUACCAUUUGUCACUCCUUUUGCAUUGUUGCUUUUUGAAACAUCAUGGUCAUCAGUGGCGAGAAAUGCAUGUGCCUCUGUCAUGCUUCCUUUCUCUAUUUUAAUUGUUGGUUUUAUUUUCACACUUUAUUUUGUAAUUGUGCUGAGAAAUUUGUACUUGAGAGUGUUGUACAAAUUUUUGAGACAACAGAAUUCCAAAAACAUUUCUCAAAAAGAAAAGCCUUACAAAUUCUACAAAAUUCUGGCAUCGGAACGAAUGGGUUGGUUUUUGUGUACAGCCAUUCCUUCAAUUUUCAUGAUUGUCUUUUCCAUCCCAUCGAGUGUUGUGAGUUCGGUUUUAUUUUCAGAAUUGAUACUUUCGAAUCGAACCAUUUUUGCAUCGAUUGCAUUGUGUGGAUGUGUAUUGGCAUUGAUCUAUUUGGUGAUUGAUUUUUUGACUUGUAAGAAAGUGUUCAGAAAGGGAAUUCGAUGGUUUUUCUUCUUCGAUGAUCCUCUCUUCAUUCGCAUCGAUCUUCUCUCUCUUCAGCUUCUCAUGAUCCUCCUCAUUAUCUAUCUCAUCUUGCUACCUCUCAACACACCCUUCUAUCCAGUCGAUCUUGCUUUUGCAACGACUGCCUUUUUAAGAAUGUUCAUUUGUAUUUUUUUAAUGAUGAGCUCAGGAGGAUUGACCAUGACGAUUGAACUUUUUAAUUUAAUUUUGGCUAAAAAAACAGAUACGUUUAUUAUUGAUUCAGUUCAAUCAUUGGAACAUUUACUUUUUAAAUAUUCAUGUUUUGAGGAAUUAUUUAAGGAUUAUUGCACAAGAGAGUUGAAUUUGGAACAUUUAUUAUUUUUUGAGGAAUUGAGUGAAAUUAAGAAUUCAUCCAAGAUUUCUCAGACAACUUUUGAACGUCUUGAAAAAGUAUUUAUUGACAAGUAUUCAAUUUUUGAAGUGUCACUUCCAAAAAAGACCAUUUCACAAUUUUACAAAAUGAAAGAAAAGAUGAAACAGAGAUCAAAAUCCACUCACAGUCAUUUAGAGGAAGUGAGUCCACCAAAUAUUUUACAUUCCUCACAACUAUUUCCAUUUUCAUCGACAACGACAUCAUUGAGUGGUCAUGACAAGAUUCAAAAUGCAACGACAAGCACUUUUUCACCAAUGAAUUCCACAGCUCAACCACUCCAUUCGAAUCAUCAUUUAGAGACACAAGUUGCUUCUCCUUCUUCACCUAUUCCGUCAUCUCCAAAUAAGGAAGAAAAUAUUCAUCGACCACAACCUUCCAUAUUGUCACAACAGCAUUUACAGUCCAAACAAACACAACAACUUUCUCAAGAAUGGGUCCUUUUCCAUCAACUCAAUACGCAUCACAAAUCUUCAAGCAAGUUGGAACAACGAAUGACCAUUUUAUUGGAACAAUUAAAUAUUGAUGUGGUGUUCAAUUUACGAGAAAUAUUUUCAAGAUUUAAAACAACAAAAGAAUUUAGGGAUUGGGUGAAGAAAAUGAAGAAAUCCUUGUCAUUGAAUGUAAAAUCUCUCGUUUGUCCGUUUUGCGCGAUUUGGAAUUGA